CCGCACAAGGAAAAAGUGUGUGUUGGGGGGGAGGAAGGAGGAAUCUCCUUUGGCCCUUGGGAAAUGUAGUUUUUUCUAUAUCUUCCGCUUAGAGAAGGAGAGCAAAAGAAAGAGGGAACACCUGAGACACGAAACUUCCAGAAAAUUGGGAUAGCUGCAUACAGAGUAGAAUAAUGUGUCUCCAUUUGCGCUUUUUAUGAGAACGGAGUGUGCUGCCUCAUCUGACAUGAUGGAUAGCAGAUGUUAUGGCUGUGCAUCAAAGUUUACUGUCUUCAAGAAACAGUGUGGAUGCAAGAAUUGUGGUCGAGCAUUUUGCUCGGGCUGCCUUGGGUACAGUGCCAUUGUCCCCCGUUGUGGAAACACUCAGCAGAAGGUCUGCAAGCAAUGCCAUGGGGAAUUAACGAGUGGAUCAUCUCAGUCAAAUACAGCUAAAUGGUCUCCACCAGAGAACUACAAAAAGCGCAUAGCAGCCCUUGAGGCCAAACAGAACCAACCACAGGGACAUCGGAAGGGAUUGGUAAAAUCCCAAAGCCAAACAGACUCUAGACAUCAAGGACUACCAAAAGAGGAUCGGCUUAUAGCAGAGAGAUUGGAGAGGCUCAAGAAGGAAACGAGGCCCAAGUCCAUUCCCUCUCAGGCUGAGAUAGAGUCCAGGCUGGCAGCACUGAAAGAUGACCCUGCAAAACCCAUUCCAUCAGCCCAGGAAAUGGAAGAUCGUCUGGCAGCUUUGCAGGGCAGAACACUUCCUUCUGCAACUCCCAAGCCAAUACAUCAGCUUCCUAACACCAAGACACAAGCAGAGCAGUCAGAUGACCUGCUGAACCAGAUAACUGAGGAAGUUGCCAUUGAUGAGAGUGGUGGCUCCGGAAUUGUGCCUCAAGAAGUUAGGACACAGACGUUGAAUGACUUAAAUCGAACUGACAAUUUUGCUGGCGUUAUGGAUCUGGAUCCCAAACAGCUGGAGGAGGAAAAAAAUAGACUUCUGGCAGAAGCUGCUGCUGAGCUGCGGGAGGAGAACACCAGGCAGGAGAAGAUCCUAGAAGUGGCCAAACGACUGGCAGUGCUAAGAGGCCAAGAUCCUGACACAGUUACUUCGGAUGACUACAAACUCCCCAACAGCGAUGAAGAAAUGGAGGAGGAAGAAGCCAUUCAGAGAGUUUUGAAACAGCUUACUGAGGAAGCUGCGCUGGAUGAAGCAAGUGGCUUCAAUAUUUCCCCAGAUCAACCCAGCCAGCCAGCAGCUGCGCCACAGAAACUGCCCAAGAAAGCCAGGCAGGCACAAGCUCCAACUGCAGCUAAGCCCCUCGCCUUCUCUGCUACAUUGCCCGACAGCGAUGAGGAAGAAUUACCCUGGUGCUGCAUCUGCAAUGAAGAUGCCACACUGCGGUGCCACGACUGUGAUGAUGACCUCUACUGCCAGCGCUGCUUCAGGGAAGGCCAUGAUGAAUUUGAUUGGAAGGAACAUCAGACAUCAAGCUAUCGUCCUCCCCGCAAGCAAAAAUGAGCCCCUGGGAUGAGGGAAGCAUAUGAGUGUGAAAUGGGAGGAAAAAGAAAAAUUGUGUUCAGGAAAGUUUGUCAUGGUAGCAAGAGCUGGACUGUGAUAGGUGACAUGGUAAUACUGAGGAGUUUGUAAGACCAGACCUUGUUACUAGCAAGAUCAAGGCAGCUGAUGUGAAGCUAAGCAAUACAUUUGAGCUGGUUUAUGAGUUAGCCACAAAUACUAGGAGCAUGAAGAAUGACAUGGUUAGGAAGAUGGGCUCUUUUGCAUAGGGGGACUCUCUGAUCAGAUGAGAUAUACAAUAAGAAUAUUGCAAAGGUAAUAAAUUAUAUGAAAACA